AGGAAAUGCGAGGUGUAUGGACGGAGAGAUAGUUGGUCUUGUCUAUGAUGCACCACUUUGUGAUAUCAUAGACUUGAACGGAUUCGAGAAUCUCUCUGGAACAACUGCCGAAAUCAUUAAUGGCAACGACGGUAUAUUAAAAGAUAUGAACUUGGAAAGGACAGUGAGCAGUGAUGACGCACCGUUCACUUUUAAAUGGUGGCAAAGGCAAGGGAUCUACAAAGUUAUCCUCUCUGCAACAAGCACUGACAUCUCCAUUGCAGGGUGGAAGGUGUACGUAAAAGACACAAGUGCCCAAAAAUCAGAUGCCCAGUACAAUAACCUGACUGAAGAGGUCCCAUGUACAGCCGGUAACAAUUCUAGUGAAGGUACGGAUAGUUACGAGUUCGUCUGCCAGGAAAGACUUGCUGCAACAGAAGUCAUCAUCAUGUGGGAUCGCCAAUCUGGGUCAGGAGGGCUUGCUGAAGUUGUCGUGGUCGGAAAAACUUGGGCAACCUAUCCCUGCGGUUUGGGAUACUACAACACAGACACUGGUACCCACAGUGACACGGCAAGAGAUGGCUGUAAAGUUUGUGAUGAUGGUUCACACGACGCACGAACAGACUUCACUUCAGACCCAGAACAAGCUAAAGCUUGCACCCAGUGUGACAACAAAGAGAAGAAGAUCUUCUACACGAGGACAAUAUACCACAAGAAGAUGAACGAGUGUCAGUCGUGUGCUGCUCCGACAGUUAUCCUCGCUGACAAAGGAACUUGCGUUAAGUGUCCAGCUGGACAGGAAUAUUAUGCAGAAGGCGUUGAUGCGGACUGCAACUAUCCUGCUAACCCUGAACGAGCGUCUGCCACUGCUGUCGCUGUAACUGAUCCCUCAACAUGCACCAAAGUUGAAUGUAGAGAUUGCCCGGACGGAACCCGUAACACAGCAGAGAGUUCGGACUACUGUCACAGCUGCACUCAUAUGAAGGAGUACACCACGGACAAAAUAGAAUGUCUGAUGUGUGAUGUGGGCAAGAUACGAGAUAGUACUGGUAAUACUUGUGAAGACUGCCCUGCUGGUGAGAGACGAGGGAUAUCUGACAACGACUGUAUUCCAUGUGAUUCUGGAUGGAUGUCUGCUGCUGGAGCGUCUGUUUGCACAGAAUGCCCCGUGGGUCAGUACGAAGUUAGUAUGACAAGUUGUGAGCUGUGUCCUGCAGGGAAGUACAAUGAUCAGACAGGACAGUCAGGAGAAAGCAGCUGUAAAGUCUGUGCUGAUGGAACGGUUUCUAACGAGGAAAGAACAGAAUGCACAGCUCCCUGCAAUCCAGGCUGGUUCUCGCAGAACGGGGGAUUGGGACCCAACUGCAAACCUUGUGAUGCAUCUGAAUACCAACCUUACUUUCAACAAACUCGGUGCAUGUCUUGUGCAGGAACAGUUACCCCAGAUAGAACCCAGUGUGAUAUACAGGCAGGUGCAAAGUGUGGUGCUAUCAAAGUUAAGAUAUCAUGGUUGAAUGGAGGAGAAGAAAUAGAGUUUCCUGAAACUUCAGCAGGAAGCACUGGUAUAGUAAGCUGUUCGGGCACAGAGAAUGAAAGUCAGAAAAUGUACAAGAUGUGCGAGGCUUCAGGUGAAUGGGACUCGUACACCAACACAGAAAGUUGUAGUACCCCUCUAUCAAAGUACACUCAAGAUGCAAAAGAAAUUGCCGAACUAUCGUUUGAAGAAAAUAAAAAAGAGUUGGGGAAAGCUAUGGGCUCAAUAGCUGAAAUUGGUGAUGAAGUGAUCCCGUCUCCCAGUGAUGUUGGUAACAUAGUCGACCUUCUUUCAGCGUGCAAAAACUACAUUAAAGACUACUCAUCUGAAGAGGUAGAGGAUCUCAGUUUGAGCAUGGCAAAAUCUAUGGAAAUCUUGAAAAAAGGUGAACCUGAUUUUUUAGCUGAUGAAAAGAAAUCGGAGAUUAUAGACAUUUUGGAGACAAUGUCAAAGUCUUUAAAAGAUGACAUGACUAUCAAUACCAACUCGAUUGUUAUGCAAUCUCUCACUUCAUCAGAAGAAGAACUGUCCAUCAAAGUCCCAAACACCGCUCCCCCCAUCACACUCAAGUUAGGAAACCAAAAAGGGAAAACCACCAAGCUUGCAGUCAUGGACGAAUCCUACAAAAGUAUCCUGCCAAUACCCAAGACUCCUAACACAACCGUAGGUUCCUCUAUAGUGUCGCUCAACUUCAUGAACACGAACAGCGAAAUAGAAAGAAACGACCUGGACUUCUCUUUGAUUUUCCAGGAAAAAGAAGUCCCCAAUCUCCCCGGAUACACCACCAAGAGAGAGUGUGGCUACCUGAACAUCUCAACUAACGAGUGGCUAACUGACGGCUGCACAACAACUCUCCAACAAGACAAAACCUGCACCUGCACCUGCACCCACACCACUAGCUUUGCAGUCCUGCUCAGCCCGACUAAAGUAACAGACCCAACCCAGGAUGUUAUUAGCUAUGUCAUGUUUGGGAUAAACAUAAUCUUCCUGGUUCUAACUUUCUGUCUGAUAGCCCCGUUCAAGAAGCUCCGAAGCAAACAAGUAGUACUGAUCCAGCUGAAUCUCAUCCUAGCUCUAAUUCUAGGUAACGUAUCAUUUACAUGUCUCUCUGCUUCCACUAAAAUCAGUGUGGACGAGGCUGGAAACCCUCUUCUGUCACUGAACACGGGAUGUGUUGUAGGGGUCAUCAUCACACAAUACUUCUUAUUGUCAGCACUUUGUUGGAUGGGUUGCACUGCCUGGACCUUCUUCGGGAAGAUAGUGAUGGCAUUGAAGAGCUACGGAAAGAAAGACAAGUUUUUUAUUCACAAGUGCACAGCACUAAGUUGGUUGUUUCCCCUAGUAUUCCCAUUGGCAGCCUUCUUAACCUCACUUUCAAUGAACGGGGAUGACUACUCUGUACCUUACAUCGGAGCAGCUAGAAAGAACGGGACUAACUGCUGGGUUGAAGAUCCGUGGAGGUUUCUGGGGUUUAUGGUGCCAGCAUACAGUAUCCUUCUCUUUAACUGCGUGUCUUUUGUAAUGAUAGCCAGGGUCAUCUGGAAAUCAUCAACCUCUGGUGGUGGUGAUCCAAAGUUGGCGAAGACUGCAAAGGCUAUGGCGUUGGUAGCUGUAUCAGUUGGGUGUCCGUGGGUUGUAAUAGCUCUGGCAGUUGGUCCGGGAGCUGUGGUCAUGCAAUAUCUCUUUAUUGUGAUGACUGGCCUCCAGGGACCUCUGUUGUUUAUUGGCAUGGCACUUUUGCAAGAAGAUGUCUGGGGUCACACCCUUGCUUUGUUAGGUGUGGAGCAAAAGAAGGGAGGUAAAGCAAGUGUUACUCAGGCUUCUUCUGCUGUGUCAAACUGUUACACAACUACUGCUCAAAAUUACACAACUGACCCAAAAGAAGAUGAAGGUGUCAUCUAUGAAGAUGUUGAAAACGGUCCGAAGAUAAUUGAAAAGGCAACAUCGACGGAAGAGGGAGAUCAGGUUCAAGAGAAAAAUAAUGAGAUAAAAAUAGAUCUUAAGGACGCUGAGUAUGGUAAUGAAAACGAAGAUGUGAUAAGGGUGCAAGGAAAUGGUAAAAUUCAAGAAGAAGCUCAAGAGAAAAUCAGUGAAAAAACCGAAGAAGUUCAAGAGGAAAACAGUCAAGAUACUGAUGACUAUGAUGAGUACGAUAAGGGCAACAAUGAAAACACUGGCAAAGAAGAAAACAUUGGGCAAGAAGAAAACGGACUUGAGGGUCAAGAGAAAAACAGUGAAGAUGCCGAUCAGCUCCAAGAACCAAAAAAAGCUGAGGUUCAGGAUAUAAAGGGUGGUGAUGCUGAUCAAGAGGAAAGCAAAGAAAGCCAAGCAAACUUGACGUCCCAGUUAGGGUUUAUGUUCGAGACGAAGCUGUAGUUUAAAAAAAUAUGCUGUAAGUUUUAUUUUAAGUUUUGGCAUUCGGAAACUGUUCUAUAUAUAAAGCUAAUAUUCUUUAAAGUUAAGCAAAACAGUAUUUUAAAACAACCAUCACUAUUAUGAAUAAAGGUUCCAAGGAAAUUAUGUCAUUAGUAGAGAAUUUAAUGUAGGCUUUGUUUAAAUGAGAAUAUUAGCUGAAGCAACGCUGUUGGUACUUAAAUUGCACUUUAAGUUAUUAAUGAAGUAGCUAUUGAGGUACUAAGUAGUAACCUCAGUGCCUCAUUAAUAAGCUUCCCUUCCUCUUAUUUCAAAAUGGCUGUACUGCUUAAAACUUGAACAGCUGAGAACCUCAGAAUUGUUAAUAAUUUAUCAUACUCCUCAUCAGUCGCCAACCGGUUAUGACCAUUGGUGAUUGGUGAUUGGUGGACGGUGUGGUUUAUGAUUAAUAAUGAUGCAGUGUGAGUGAGUGAAUAACCAACUGCAAUGUAUAUUUUAUCGUCGAUUUUAUCAGCUUGAUGUAGAGCUCAUAGUGGCUUGCUGUAUAUUUUGUUGCAUGGACUUUCUGUUUUUUUAACCUGUUCCGCCCUAUUUUUUGGGAUUUUAUAUCUGUUGUCUUUUUAAAAUUUAAGUUGUAAUUUUCAAGUUUUUAUAUUUCAUUUUUCAGGCUAUCCAUUAUGGCUAUUUAUUUAUUUUUUGCAAAGAAUAGAUAAGAAUCGAUUAAACGAUGAUUUUGUCAACUGAUGCAUGUAGAAUUAUGUACAAAUGAUGAUUUUUUGAA